GUCUGUGUGAGCGAUCGUUACUCCCUCGGGGAAGGGAUCUGUUGGCGGGAGGGCAUUAGAGGGGUCUUUGUACUGCCCCCUAGUCCUUUGUGUCUGUGAAAUAACUCGGCUGAUUUCACCAUGGCUUUUCGUCAUUUUCAAGGCCGGGCGGGGCCAUUCGACCAUCUGGUCUGAGCUCCUGGGUAGCCCAGGCCAGGGAAUAUUGCCCAGGGCCCCCUGCACUGAGCCGCAUAUUCACCCAACUUCCCCCUGAAGUGCAUGAGAUCAGAAUCUGGCUUUUAUUAUUAGGAUUAUUUCAAAUAGGUUCUGUAUAUAUCGCGUUCCCCGGUUUCUACCCCGCACCCAUAGCCAGUCCUUACCAGCUGCAAGUUGAUUGGAGUCGGCACCCUCUCGAGGGGAAAGGGCCCAUGGCCAAUUCCCUGCCUCACUGAGCCAGGCAGCCCCCCGGCUCUGGGGCCAGAUGGGCGCUGAGGCACCAUUCCCUGAGCCAGUCUGUUCCUGGAGCCGGUGCCCAGACGUGCGUCCCGUUUGGGGCCCUUUCGCGGGCUGACCUGCGGCGGGCAAUGCAUUUCAUAGCGUGAUACGCUUCACAAGGGCGUUAAUCAGUGUGUAACGUCCCAUCCCCCGCUUCGAUCCUCUGCAGGGAUACAACCAGGGGAUCUAAAAGCGUAAACGCCUUCCGAGAGGCGCAGAGGAAUUCACUGACUCAAACCGCUGUGCCUGAUCUAGCACUAGGGAGUGACAGUCACUCAUUUGCCAGGCUUACCAGGGCAAGAAAUGUGGUUGUUACUUACUGGGAGCGGGGGGGAAACCCCAGGGUCACCAAGUCAGGAAAGACCCUACAAAAACAAAGCUUUAAAUACAGCGUGUACAAAUUGUGGGCCCAUGGUAGCACUAGGCAGCCACGUUACCAAGCGCCUUCAUCUGAUCAUCGUGGCCCUGUGUUGGAAAGGGGAUGGGCGGUGCGGUGGUGUUUCAUGGCUAGCAGGCACACCAGAAACUGACCGGGUGGAAAGGAAAUUGACCGAUGGUGGAAGCGGCUGUGUUAGUCUCCCUGAAGCCUGCGUCCUGCUCAUCCAGGCGGGAGUGUCUCUGGGCAGUUGCAUACCACACUGGCAUCCAGAUAGGGCGUGGGCAUUAUCUCUCCCGGCCAGCGGGGAGGAUUAGAUUUCAGCCCCUUCUAAUACCGCCCGGCAUGAAGCCCUGUUUCGGAACGCAGCUGUCUGAGUCUUCGUCUGCGGGAAAGCUGAGCCACGAGAAAGGACAAGAAGUUGAAGAAGGAGUCGAGCUGCAGGAAGGGGACGUCACGAACGCCGAUGAGCAGACAGCAGUGGCUAUUGCUAGUGUCCAGCAAGCAGCCUUCACAGACCACAAUAUCCAGUAUCAGUUCCGCACAGAGAACAAUGGAGGACAGGUGACAUACAGAGUGGUCCAGGUGACAGACAGUCAGCUGGAUGGACAGACGGAUGCGACGGGAGCCGUCAGCGUGGUCUCGACAGCAGCCUUCGCCGGGGGCCAGCAGGCCGUCGCUCAGGCUGUGAUCCAGAACCCGUUCAGCAAUGGCGGGAGCCCGGCCGCAGACGCAGUCAGCGGGGAGGCCCGCUUCGCGUAUUUCCCCGCCUCCACGGUGGGGGAUGCCACGGCCGUGUCAGUUCAGACUACAGAUCAGUCGCUGGCACAGGCUGGAGGCCAGUUCUACGUGAUGAUGACCCCCCAAGAUGUCUUGCAGACGGGGACGCAACGCACCAUCGCUCCCCGCACCCACCCGUACUCCCCGAAGAUGGAUGGGACGCGGACGCCCCGCGAUGAGAGGCGGCGAGCCCAGCACAACGAAGUGGAGAGGAGGAGGCGGGACAAAAUUAACAACUGGAUUGUCCAGCUAUCAAAAAUCAUUCCAGACUGCAACACUGACAACAGCAAGACGGGCGCGAGCAAAGGGGGUAUCCUGUCCAAGGCCUGCGACUACAUCCGGGAGCUGCGCCAGACCAACCAGCGCAUGCAGGAGACCUUCAAGGAGGCCGAGCGGCUGCAGAUGGACAACGAGCUGCUACGGCAACAGAUCGAGGAGCUGAAGAACGAGAACGCCCUCCUCCGAGCACAGCUCCAGCAGCACGGCAUCGAAACCGUGGGCGACACGCCGGGGCAGUAACCGCUUCUUCACCACCACCACGUCCUCCUCCUCCUCCUCGUUGUCACCGGAUCUCCGCCCUUCCCCCGCCUCCUUCCAUCCCUUCUGCCCUCUGUCUGGUGCAGAGACCUCCCCGUGUUAACGCCGCGUGGCCAAACUCGACUUGGGGGGGCGCUGGGGUGGCAGCCACACGGCCGGCCCCCACUUUGCCUGCCCCCUCCUCUGAGCGCCACCGGCCACUGUCCCCCGCCCCAUCUGCCCCCUCCCCCCCACGUAGGAAAUAUUAAGAUUAAAGCAAACAAACUGCGUUUUUUUUAUAGUAGGUUUUUAACAGAGGAUAGCAGCCCUCCCCCAGCCCAGCCAUGGGUUCGAAUCCUCCCCCUUCCGGCUUAAAGUUGUAGCAUCACAGUGGCACUUCCCCGUCUGAUCCUACCGUUCAAGCCGCUGCCCGUGUCUCUCUCAGGCAGGUAGCUACAUGGCUGAAGUCAGCGUUUGGGGGGGGGGGGGGUUCUGUGGCUGCCCCCCCAUUUUGGACACUCAGUGGCGUUUAUUUUUCCUCUGCCGGCAGCAAACCUCUGAAAAAUCACACCCCUUUGAAAAUGUAGCAACUCAGGGGGCAGGAAUGGGGCCAUCCCAGAUCACUAGCCCAGUUCGGCAAGUUCUAGCCAGCCGAUGUGGCUCUGAUUCCAUCGAAUCCCCUUGCGUCUCACCAGCUGGGCAAUUCAGUUAUAACCCAUGUGGCCACCGGACCUUCCAAAGGUGGCUAGCGAGUUGGUAGGUCUUAUUUUAUUUUUUUCCCUGACUGUCAAAUCACAGCUACCUUUUCCAAGAGGUCUGAUUUCCAGGGGGGGCUUUCCGAAAACCCUCUCAUGGCAUCUCCUGUCAGGCAGCCGGAAAAAGUAGAGACCCCCAACAUCGCUAGCCAGUUCUCUUCCUAAAACCGUGGCUGUCCCGUGUGUCCGCUCGUCUGAUCUGUAUCAUAUCUUGCUCCCGGAAAGUUUAAUAUUUACCAAGGUCGACUAAAUGCUUGUUUUCUGUGGAGGGUUUUUUGCAAAUAUAUACCUAUAUAUAUAAUUUUUUUUAAAAAGAAAAACAACAAUUCAGUGGUCGAUCUCACAAUAUUUGGGUCAGAAUCAGGAGAUCUCUUCAGUUCCCUUUUCGUACGAUCUUCAAUUUGGCUUUAUUUCUCUUCUCCAAGCACGAUCUUUUUUUUGGCUUUUUGGUUAUUUUUUUUUUUUUUUUUUAAAUAAGCAUGGCUCUAAAAAAAACAAAUACGCAAAAACCAACAAAAAAAAAUUGAUAAUAGCGAGCUUUUAGCUUUGGGGUUUUUUUUAUAUACCGGCAAAAAAAUAAAUAAAUAAAAAGAAGAUAAGCAAGACUUUCAGAUGGAGUUGGAAAUAUUGGGUAUCCUUUUUGUCCUGGUCCCCGCGGAACGCAAGAAUGAAUGAAUCAAGGAAAGAAAAAAAAGGCGAAUCAGAUUUAAGGAAAAGAAAAGGAAAAAGAAGUGGAUUGAGUUGAAUUGCAGAGUUUGAAUGCUGGAAAGUAGGAAAUUAAUUCUGUUUAUAUAUAAAAGAGGAAAAAACUGCACAGACA